AUGACUGUCUCUUUGCCGCUUGAGCUUCUUACAAUGAUUUUGGAUGACUGUGCCUGUGACAAAGCAACAUUAUACUCUUGUAUUCAACUUAAUAAGAAUUGGUAUGGAGCGGCUAUCCAAUACCUUUGGGCUAGUCCAUUUGCGUUGCUGCAUAAAGACAGAUCAUAUAACAAUGACAAAGAGAACUGUAGACGAGCCGAAAAACUUCUGACUGUGUUCAUUGAAUGCUUUACCGAGACCAGCUGUGUUCUGGAUAACGAUGAUCCACUUGAUAAGAGACGUAGCAAGAGACCUCUGUUUGACUACAGUAUUUACGUAAAGGAAAUCAAUUUUGAUGAUGUUUCAGCCAACGUUAGGGACUGGCGUGCAUUAGAUGUAUCCUCUUCUUUAGACAUUAAGGCCAGAGAAUCGAAUAUUUAUUUAAUGGAAAGUAUAACUGUAAAAAUUAUGAUUCUGGCUAUUAGAUAUUGUCAACAACUCCAGUCACUAUGUCUCACACCAAAAAAGCCACAGAUAUGCACACAAUUAAAGAAAUGUUUUGCUUCCACACAAGAACUACAACAGCUAAGAAGCCUUGUUUGGGUUUCUGAAAGAACCUACAAAGAUGUCUUUGAUUCAAUUGCAACAGUGGCAUGCAAUCUAGAGUCAAUCUUAAUUAAUUGCCAUACAAAAAGGUUUGAUGUUAGACAAGGGUCCCUAGACAAUGUAUGCAAACUGAUACAAGCACAGCAUCAGCUCAAGGCUUUCACAGUCGAGUGCAUCAAAUCCAGAUUGUCUUCAAUAUUGCACCUACUAAACGCCUGUAUGCAUUCUCUGCAAUCAAUCACAUUGAAUUUUGUGUCACUUGAUUCUGACAGUCUUGAUUCUGAGUCAUUGGUCUUUCCUCAUUUAAAGACUAUAAAGGUGAAAACGUUUGGUGAUCUAACAGUGGAGAAUUUUGGAUCAAUUGUAAAAGUGGGCUUUCCAAGUUUGGAACACCUCAUUUUUGAACAUGCUACUGUUCCAGAUGAGAUUCUCAAAGGUAUUAUUAAAAAUUAUGGAUCUACAUUACAUACAUUGAGCUUGGGAAAAACAACUCUUCAUGAAGGAAUGUGCAAAUUGAUUUUGAGAGUUUGUCAAAAUCUUAAACAUCUAUCUAUACGUAUAUCAUCUAAAGAAAAUGCACCAUCAAUUGCUCAUUUGGUCUCUGCUUUACCUAAAUUGAAUUCUCUUGCAUUGAAUAAUGAGGACAAACUAGCUGAUGAUACAGUUGAUGUUUAUUUUAAUAAUUUGGCUGAUUAUAAACUUCCCCGUUUAACUCAGUUAGAAUUACACAAAGUAGUUGUCUUUAAGGCUGCUUCAUUAGAAAAUCUUCUAUCCAAAUCUACACCUCCUCUCACCAAGUUGAUUAUUUCAAAUGAGUUCAAGUUUAUUGAUAGUUAUUGUGAUGCUAUUCUUAAUUAUCUAAGUGGCACACUUAAGGUUUUGAGAGUUGCAUAUGAUGAGAGACUUAAACCUUCUGAUGAGUAUAUCAAAAAAUUUAAAAAUGCCAUUGAAGAUUUUGGGCCAUACAAGUCUGAUGAAAAGCUUCAUGAAUGA